GCGCGCGCGUUCAACACGAACUUUUUAAACUAACUUUUUAAUUAUAUUUUUUUUCGUGUGAGUGAAUGGAAAAUGUUUGUGUCUGUGAAGUGAUAGUGUGUGAGUUCACAGUUCACGUCAGAUGGAAUUCCGAAAAUGUACCGCCGAGUACGAAGAAAGAUGAUCUAUCUUAUUGGUGCCAUAUUGCUCUACUCUACAGUAGUUAUAGCUAAAAACAUUGACUUUACGGACAAACCGAUCACCACCGAAACAGACUUUGAUAACAAUAUCAUCGAUUUUGACAGCCAAUAUAUUGAUAAAGACAGAAAAUAUGGCACAGUGCCUUGGCGUGAUGAUUAUAAUAAAGAAUCUAAUAGAUAUACUAUUGUAAAUAAUGAUUAUAUUAAUAUAAAUCAGAAUAAAGCUGUAACUGUUAAAGAAACGACAGACGCUACCGCUAAAACGACAGUUUCUGAAUUAGAUGUAAUACCUUUAGAAUUAGUAACGACGACGGAGAAUUAUUUAGUUAGCAUAGUAGAAAGUACUAUAGAACCUGAUUUGACUGUGAUCCCUUUGUCUACAACAGAGAAAGUAACUCCGAUCGUUGAAGUCCCACAGCCUGUAACGCUACCUUCAACGCAAUCACCUGAAAGUACAACUGAAUAUUUUACUACAGAUAACCCAGAAGAAAAUUUCAAAAGUAAUAAAACAUCAUUAGAAAAAAUAGAGGAACGUGCAUCUACAGUUAAUCCUGUAGAAAAUGUAACAGCAAACCAAACUAUUUCAAUAGAAGGAAAAGAAAAGGAAGACAUUAAUAAAACUCAAACAACAGUAACAUCGGAAAUAUUGACGACUUCUGAACCUAUAACAGAAAAUACUACAAUAGAAAUUCUAAGCACCAAUUCAAGUAAACAAUCACAUAUUAAUAGAUCAGAUGAAAUCACAGAAAUAAAUGAUGGUUUAGAAUUUACAACAGUAAAUUUAGAUGAUGGAGAGGUCCCGGAAGAUUAUUAUGACAGUAAAGAUGUGAUACCAACGAAAGCUCCGAACACAGAUGUGGUAUCAGUUCUAUUUGGAUUCGCUGGGAGUGUGGUGGAGAGUGUAGUAGGUAGUGUAGCUGAAAGAGUGGUCCCGAAGGGGAUUUAUGACCUGUUUAAGAGAAUACAGAAGCAGAAUGAAGCAUUGGAAGCAGAGAGAUUGAGGAGUCGGGAGGAGAAUGGCGGGUUAGGUCAAUUCGGCCGCGGCAUCCUCAAAUCCAUCUCCUCAGGCCUGAGUCGACCGCUGAGCCAGCUCAUGGCUGGUGCCCGUGACAUCGGCUCAUUGGACAACGACAGAGGAUUUGUCGGAAGUCUAGCUUCGGGGGUGUCCAGUGUUGCUAAUGUUGCAAAUUCGGUCGUGGACGCGUUCAAAGAUCGGGUGCAGGCUAUUUACCCUGGAACACUUUGGUGCGGAGACGGGCACUCAGCCCAGGCCCGCUCCAGUGACCUGGGCCUCUUCUUCUACACGGACACAUGCUGCCGGGAGCAUGAUGCUUGCAAGAUCUUCAUUCUGGCCGGCGACAGCAAGUACGGGCUCACCAAUACUGGACUGUUCACCAGAUCGCAUUGCAGUUGCGACGCAAAAUUCCGAGAAUGUCUGAAGAAAACCAACUCCCUGAUAUCUGCACAGAUCGGCCUUACCUACUUCAACGUGUUGGGACCACAGUGUUUUAGAAGAGCUCAUCCUAUUGUGCGGUGUGUGAGGAGAACCAGAUUAACGGGUCAGAAAUGCGAGGAAUACGAGCUGGACUACACAAAACCGAAGAUGUGGCAGUGGUUCGACAAUGAAACCUUCUAAUAACCUCGUUAAUAAUUAAGUUAUUCAACUAUAUAUAAAAAAUCUAAUACGAAAAUAUACCAAUGCCUGGUGCCGCAGCCGAAUGGCAUUUCUGCGACGUGAAACGAAAACGAAACGCCGCGAAAGGUAGUCUGGCUCUGUCGCGCCAAUAUGCAAGGGCGAUAGAUACAGAUACAUAUAUACGAGCGUUUCGUUUCGUGAGCGUUUCGUGAGCGUUUGUGCCAUUCGGCUAUGUACCCUGUAGUGCCAUCAGGAAUCGACCCGUCGAAAAUCUGUAUUCGCGGCAUAUUGCUAGACCUCUUGUCCACCCGGGUCAUGACUGCAGUGGUCUUUUUUACCACAGUGACAUUGACACGUGAAACUGACAAUUCUGUGCCAAUUUCAGGAUUGAUAACUGAUAAGUAACAUUGUUCCUCAGCGUCAAUAUUCCCUUGUUGAACAGGCAAUGAACGGUGAAAUGUUACUGUCGAUGUCGGGCGACAAUUGUCAGUGUUGUGAAGUAGGCCACAGGGUUUUAAUUUUUUUCUCGCUUAUAAGUUUACGGCAUUCCAAUUAACUCAUAAUAGUCAUAUUAAUUUCCGGUAGCUAAGGCCGAAAGUCCACUAUCAUAUAUGUUUAUCAUGGAAAUAUGAUCAUAGGUCUAUAUGCCUCCCUUUUUCUCCAACGUGAAGAAAAAGGAUAGCAUGUUGCUUAUGAUCAUAUUUCUAUGAUAAACAUAUGAUAGUGGACUAUCGGCCUAACUAAAGUCCACUGAAGAAAAAAUGUUGAGUUAGAAUCUUGAGAACAUUUUGAGAUUACUUAUAAUUUUAGUUCUAACUAAUUUAUCUUACCUAUUGCAUUUUGUUCGAAGAUCUUCAGGUACUUUUUAAGUACAUUUUUUAAAUAGAUAAGUCAUUUUUUUAUUGUUUACACUGUAAGAUUGAUCAUUGAUUUGUUAUGAGGUUGAUUAUCUUUCAGAUCAAUUUUAUAUUGUUUUAUAUAUUCCAUCUUAAAGCAGAAUGGAUUUACCCAAGUUUAAAGGAAAGUGUGUCGCUUAACUUCAAUUUCUUUCCUGAAUAACAACUUUUAAAACAGAUUUUAUUACAUAUCAGAGUACGUAGCCGAAUAUCACAAACGCUCACGAAACGAAACGCUCGUUCAUAUCUAACUCUGUCGCUCUUACGUAUUGGCGCGACAGUCAGACUACCUUUCGCGGAGUUUCGUUUUCGUUUCGCGUCGCAGAAAAGAAAUUUCAUUCGGCUACGGCACCUGAUGGGCGUCCGCUAGAUCGCGCGGGUGCAAAUGCGGGUGUCAUUGUAUAGUAUGAAUUUUCUGAGAUGAACUUUUCGGUUUUGCCCUAAUCUGUUAAACAAAGGCCUUUAUUUCUAUUAUUCGCGGUGGUUAGCUCCCGUUUCCACAGCACGUACUAAAGUCUCAGUGUA